AUUGAGUAACAAUUUGUGGAUGAGAUUAGAAAACAAUGUAAUGCAGUGGAAAUUCAUAUCCGUCUUCGUUGUUUAAAUUCGGAUUUUGAUUGAACGAACAGUAUACGGAUCCGAUCAAUAGGUCCAACUACUAUUGCUAUCAACUCCGUGCAGGAGUGGACAUCACUAAUCCUGUGGAAUCCGUUAGCAGGCACACACCGUUCAUACAAUGGGCAUGGCAGUUAUUGCGUUUUGAGCCCGUGUUUGCCUCAAAUGCCUCUCUGGCCAAUUCCACCAAGCAAACACUCACUCUCACUGCCUUUGACUGAUGACUCACUGAAUGGGAGCUAGUGCUGGACAGUCAGACCUUGGGAUACAACAGGAACAGAGCAGCAAUGCACCGAUGGCCAACCCUCCACUGCAUUUGCUGUGAGCUUAGAGAAGUGAGGAGGAGAACGUGAACUGUACUAGAUGCCAUGAUGGAGGACGACCAGCCCAAGUCGAAGCCACCUACACCUUCUCCCUUGCUGGACCUAGAACACAGUGACGGAGCCUCGCCAGUAACGAACCAUUCAGAGUUCCUGGGUGUGAACCAGAUUCAGGUGGUGGUGCGCCGGAGCUCCACCCCCCAAGUCACGGAGGAGACCUACUUCAUCCCCCGUAGCCCGGUGGUGGAUGCGGGCACCAACACCGACCCCCCGGUCAUCUGCUGUGGCAGGCUCCGUCGGGAAUGCCCGUGCCCGCCACGAGGCCUCCUGUCCUCCCUCAUCACCAAGGUCCUCAUUGCGUUAGUGCUGUUUGGCGUGGUGUGGUCCAUCACAGAGAAGGAGUGUCUGCCGAGGGGGAACCUGUUCGGCAUCACCGUGCUCUUCAUCUGUUCCGUCACCGGGGGCAAACUGGUGGGCCUCAUACAUCUGCCCAAAUUGCCUCCCUUUCCCCCGUUACUGGGUAUGCUAUUGACGGGCUUCCUGCUGCGUAAUAUCCCCGUGGUAACGGACGCCGUGUACAUCGACACCCGAUGGUCUGCCUCCCUGAGGAACAUUGCCCUCGCUGUCAUCCUGGCCCGAGCAGGCCUGGGAUUGGACGGCUCGGCUCUGAAGAAGCUGAGUAUGGUGUGUGCGCGCGUGGGAAUGGGACCCUGCGUCAUCGAGGCCUGCACCGUCGCCAUCGUCUCCCACUUCCUCAUGGGCUUGCCCUGGAUCUGGGGAUUCAUCCUAGGAUUUGUGCUGGGAGCCGUGUCCCCGGCCGUGGUGGUUCCCUCCAUGCUGCUGCUGCAGAAGGACGGCUACGGCUUGGAGCAGGGCAUCCCUACCCUUCUCAUGGCCGCCGGCAGCUUCGACGACAUCCUGGCCAUCACCGGCUUCACCACCUGCAUGGGCAUGGCCUUCGCCACCGGCUCCAUGUGGUACAACCUGCUGAGAGGUAUACUGGAGGUGGGAGGGGGAAUGGUAGCUGGGGUACUGCUGGGAUUUCUGCUGCGCUAUUUUCCCAGCAAAGACCAGGACAACGUCGUGAUGAAGCGCUCAUUCCUGCUGCUGGGCCUGUCGGUGUUUGCCGUGUUCGGCAGCAACGUGGCUGGCUUCCCCGGCUCAGGGGGCCUCUGCACCCUGGUCCUUGCCUUCCUGGCUGGCCUGGGCUGGAGAAGGUCAAAGGUCCCUGUGGAGGACAUAGUGGGUAUUGCCUGGGAAGUGUUCCAGCCACUGCUCUUUGGCCUGAUCGGGGCUGAGAUCCAGAUCUCAAAGCUGGACAAAAACACUGUCGGCCUGGGCAUAGGCUCUCUGGCCAUUGGUCUGCUGGUGCGUGUUCUCUUUACCUUCGUCUGUGUGCUGUGUGCCGGCUUCAACUUCAAAGAGAAGCUCUUCAUCGCUCUGGCCUGGCUACCCAAAGCAACCGUACAGGCGGCCAUCGGCUCCACAGCGCUGGACAUGGCCCGCAUCAAGGAGGAUACAGAGCUGAAGAAGUACGGCAUGGACGUGCUGACAGUGGCCGUGCUCUCCAUCCUGCUCACCGCCCCCAUAGGGGCCCUGGUCAUCGGACUCAUGGGACCUCGCCUGCUGCAGAAACCAAAGAACCCUGCCUGGGAGCGGGAGCAAAGCGGAACUAUGACCGAGUCCCCAAUCACCUACGAGAGUACCCUCUGAUACCAAACCAACGUCGGUGGUGGGAACCAGGAAGAACACUUCACUGAGGAAAUGACAUGGAUGGAUCGUAGGGAAAAUGGGGGCACUUCAAAGGUGCAUCUAAAUGGCAUCCUAUUCUAGUGUAAGCAAUCCUUCUCACCCCCCUAAAAGAUUUAGAUGCACUAUUGUAAAGUGGCUGUUCCACUGGAUGUCAUACGGUGAAUGCACCAAUUUGUAAGUCGCUCUGGAUAAGAGCGUCUGCUAACUGACUUAAAUGUAAAAAUGCCACCCUAUUCCCUUGAAAGUGCUGUACUGUAUUGAGAACAGGGUUCCUAUUUCAGACUCUUGUGACACCCAUGAUAUUGCCUUUCGGACAGUGGGGUUUUCAGAGGGCCUCUGCCACUUCAUCUGUGUUAUAUGUCCUUGGUGUGUUUGACACCCUGCCAUGUUUAUUUAUAUCUCCCCUGAGGGUAGUUUUUAGGCCUCAGGGGAGAUAUAAAUAAACAUGGCUGCCACUCAACCAACAAGCCACGAUAUCCAAGCAUUCUGCACUAUACUGUAACGUUACAAUGGCUUAAAAUUCAGUAAUGCCACUACUAAAAUUAUACCCGAUCAUAUAUAAUAAUAGUGGUUCGAAGAGCGGAGCCACUGGAAUUGAAUGUGUUUGACAUUGACCAUCAGGCAUAUGUUGUGUGUUCAUUAUCACACUGUACACUGUAUGUACGGCCUCACAAUUUUUUGUUGUUGUCCUUAGGCCUUAUACAUCAAUUUACCAGCUGUUGAUGUUGUAUUCUGUGUGAAUGUAAUGUAUUUGAGAAGUGUGUUGUACUGUGGUUUGAUACAGAGAAAAUAUUAUAUAUAGCGAUGGACGGUUGUUGCUAGCUAGACGCAGGACAAAGGCAAGACAUUUUUAUUUAUUGUACGUUUCCAAUUAAGCAAUAUUCAAAUCAUGUGUGUACUAAAUGUGAACGUAACAAAAGAACAUGAAUAAUAUGGGCCCCUAGCUGAGAUAUAUUUAAGACUUUAAUGCAAAAUCAGUGUAGCUCAGGUAAUAGCAUCACAUUCUGAGCAAUAUAACUGUAAAAUCAAUGUUUUUAAGAAAAGACUGCCAAAAUGGUCUGUUUUUUUUGUUCUAUUCAUUUGUUUUUAUUAUUCAGUAUUUAUAGUUUUGAUUCCAUAAAGAGUUAAUUAUGCAGUUGAUUUAGAUUUUCAUUUUUGUUACGUUUUAUAUGGACUCUUGAAAGGGUCAUUUGUAGUGUAUCAUACCAUGUAAAAGUCCUGUAUAGCUUUUGAAACUUGAACUUCAAAAAGCUCAAUGACAAUUUGAUCUGUUACACAAACUAAUUCCAUUAUAAUUUGCUCCGGAGAGCAUAUAAACCGUAGGUCUAGCUCAGCCAGAAUAUUAUACCCGGAAAUGAUAUAUUCAUACCAGAAAGGAUUUGAUAUUGAGAGAGACAUGUCUGCAAUGGCCCUUUAACGAAGGUGGUAGUCUUUUGACACUGUAAGAGAACAUGAAGGACACCUUCCUAAUAUUGAGAUGCAUCCCUUCCUUUUUCCCCUCAGAACAGCCUCAAUUUGUCUGGACGUGGACUCUACAAGGUGUCAAAGUGUUCUACAGGGAUGCUGGCCCCAAUGCUUCCUACAGUUGUAUCAAGAUGGCUGGAAUGUCCAGCACUCAAAGGACAUUCUUGAUACACGCGGGGAAACUGUUGAGUGUGAAAAACCCAUCAGCGUUGCAGUUCUUGACACAAACCGGUGCAAUACACUUUUCAAAUGAAAUUCACCCUCUGAAUGGCACAUACAGUGCAUUCAGAAAGUAUUCAAACCCUUACUUUCCCAUAUUAUGUUAUUUUACAGCCUUAUAAAGUUGAUUCAAUCAAAAAUCCUCAAUCUACACACAACCCCAUAAUGACUGAAACGGGUUGAAACAUUUUUGCAAAUGUAUUAAAAAUAAACUUAUUUAUGUAAGUAUUAGGGCCUGUAAGAAUAUUUUGAAGAUAAAUGUACAACACAGAGGACUAAAGGUCAAGAGGGAAUUAACGAUCAAUGGAAAUAGUGGGUUUUCUGUAAUAGGGCAUUAAUGAUCAAUGGGUCAGAGACAUGGGAGGAAUUGGUCUACGUUGUCUGAAACAGGGUACUUGUUAUUUGGCCAUUGGCCUAGUUUUAUUGCAAGGAAUUCUAAUUGAUCAACCACAGGCUAGGGUUAGGUUAUAAAUUACAUCCUGUCACUUGGUUCUGUGGAGAGAAUCACUGAGGACAGGGAAGAAUGAACAUCUGCCUCUCAGCAUAACAUCUAUGAUUUGUCCUCUUUGAAUAAACCUAUUUUUCUCUGCCUGA